CAAUGACUAUAAUUGGAUUUUGAAAUUUAAAUCGGGGGGAAAGAUUAGAUGAAAGGAUUUGUAAUAGAAGAAAAUGAUAUAUGUGAUUCAUGAAUACAAAACAUCAGUUUUGCAGAUGAAGAAUGAGGUACUGAAAUAUUUUCCGAACUGGUCUAUUACAUUAAACAUACUGAAUACUAAUUUAUCUUGGUCAGUUAACACAGAAGAUUUCUAUUCUAGCAUAUAAACAAAGCUUAAUAAAAUAACUAGUAUUUGUAACAAUAACUUAAGCACCUACUUUAUAUAUAAACACAGUUUACUACCUUAGCCAUUUUUUAAAAUGUUAUGUGUCACAGCUACAAAUUUAGUAUUUUAGAUCACUAUCCUCUGUAUCCACUAGACCUCUUUACAGGGUUAUAUUGUCGCAUCACGUUAUAUUUACAAGGUUAUCAUUUUCCCCAGGCUGGAACUGCUGACCUAAUCCAUUUACCAACUCAGUGAACCCUUGUUAAAAGUAGAACAAGACAGUCCUUCUAUUUUCCAGGUAGACUUGCUUGGACAACUGAAUUGAACUAAAACCAGUUAUUUUAGGUAUUUUUUAAAAAAUCACUUUUCAUGGGUAUAGUAUAUGAUUUGUUAGGCUCCCUCGUUUCCCUAUUUUUUGAUAAUGACUUUCCAUUUUCAUUUGCCAUGUAGUUUGGGUAUUAUAUAGGUAAAUAUAAAGGUAAAUAAAUGUUAGACAUUUACAAGAUAGCCAGAUGACCCUGUCCCAUUUGGGACAGGAAGUCUAAGGAAGUUUGACUGUCUUAUAUCUUACAUCAAAAGGAGGAAUAAAAGAGGGAUUCAGGACAUCUGCAUAGAGUCUUUAGGAAAAAAACAAUGUCAUCAGUUCUUAGAAUUCAAAAAUAAAAAUAGGGAGAAAAAAUUGAUACGGUGGUUAGCUGGGGGAUUUAAACUCAGAGAAAAUUAGACUGUUUCCACCUGGAUGAAAAUGCAAUCCUUCAAACUAAAGUUGCUAACAAUGUAAAAACUCUUAGGGUUCAAAUAAAUGCUAACUGGUAAUCAGUUGUGUUUUAUUUUAAAUAUUUUUUAUUGUGGGAAAUAAUAUAUAACACAGUUUACCACCUUAGCCAUUUUUGAGUAUACAAUUCAGUGGCAUUGAUUUCAUUCACAAUGUCGUGCAACUUCAGUUACGUUUUUUAAAAUGUUUUCAGGAAAAUUAUUUCCCCAUGAUUACCUAAAAUGAAAUGUUCUCCGAACGUGCAUCGAAGCCUCCAGUUCUAAAUUUUGAGGCCUUAUGAGGCCGAUCUGCAAUAAGAAGGGCGUUUGGUGCGGGAGGUCGCGUUCGUGGUCAGCUCCUCGCUGGAGUCCCUGGGCCGACAAGGAGCGCAGUGGCCGGGCGCCCCCGGGCGGCGGGGACGCGGUGCAGAGACGCGCUGGGCCAGCGAGGGGAGCUGCAGGGCAGAAGACCGAUCUUUGAAAAUAUGUAUUUGGGGGAUAGUGGCGUCGUAUUGAAUACCUUAGGCUGGUGCUGCCAUCGAAAAAUCUGGUUACACUCUGGGGAGGCCUGCUUCUGCUGCAGGACGGCACCACCUCGGCUCUGA